GUGUGGGGGCUGGGAGCCAGGACUCCUGGGUUCCAUAUUCAAUCCUCCCCCAGGAUUUGUAUGUCACACCGUGGGCUAGUUUCCGACGGGAUUUUUUUUUUCUUCCCCACUUUCGGCCGAGCCCCGAGGGGAGCGGAGAUGAAGCUCUGGGACGCCGUGAUCCUGAUUCGGAUCCUGCUCCUGCUCCUCCUGAUCGGCGGGUUUUUUUGGUUGUUUCCCGCCGUGAGGAUCCGACUGAGGCAGCCCCCGCAGGGGACCCCUUGCCCCAGCCCCGACCCCGGCCUCAGCCCUGGCCCCGGCGCGGUGGAGCUGCACCACGGGACCUUCACCUUCCGCUUGGAUCCCGCCGCCUUCCGGGCCGAGUUCCCCCAGCUGCAGAGCUACCGGUGCCGGGAGCUGAUCCCAGGGGACGGGGUUUGCACCGGGCCCCCGGGGCCGCCCCUGCUGCUCCUGGCCGUGAAAUCCCACCCAGCGUCCAGCGCCAGACGGGCCACCGCCCGCCGCACGUGGGCCCGGCCCGGGGUGCUGGGGGGCUACCGGGUCCGAGCCGUCUUCCUCCUGGGGGUGUCCCCCGAGCCCCGGGACAUGGCCCUGCUGGAGGAGGAGAGCCAGGAGUUCGGGGACGUGGUGCUGUGGGAUAUCGGCGAGAGCCACCACAACCUGUCGCUCAAGGAGCGCUGCUUCCUGCGCUGGGUGGGGGCGCGCUGCGGGCAGGCCGAUUUCAUCUUCAAAGGGGACGAUGACGAGUUUGUGAACCCCCCCGCCCUGGUGGCCUACCUGCGCCAGACGCCCAACGCCGCCCACGUCAUCCACGGCAACAUCCAGCGCUUUGCGGUCGUGUUCAGAGGGGGGAAAUAUCGCGUCUCCUCCGCCCUGUUCCCCCAGGACACGUACCCCGACUUCCCCGCCGGGGGCGGGUUCCUCCUGCCCAGGGCCAGCGUCCCGGCCCUGGCCGCGGCCUCCGAGCGCAUCCCCGUCUUCCCGCUGGACGACGUCUACUUGGGCUUCCUGGCGCUGGCCGCCGGGCUGCGGUUCCGGCACGACGCCCGAUUCCGGGUGUUCGGCGUGAAGGACGAGCUGUGUCUGUACGGGGAGGCCUUCGUGGUGCACGGGGUGUCGCUGGGCAGGGCGGAGGAGGUGUGGAGGGGGUUGUACACGGAGCGACGGUGCAACGGGAUGGGGCCUCUCCCCUCUUAGGGGGGCAGGGAAUGGGGCAGGGGCCUGUCCCCUCUGGGGGGCGCCAGCCACCGGGGAGUGGCUGGGUGAGUGUGAUGCUCUGUACUUUGGGGGGACCCCCAUGUUCGUCUUUGUAAAAUGAUUGUGUGGGAGCCAAUGCAGAGUUUGUCACGGCGGCCGUCUCCGGCAGGCUCAUGGUGCACGGAGCGUGGUGGUUACGGUGAUGUUAUAGAAAGGCCCUAGGUUAUAAUUUCACGUGUAUAAUGACGAGCCUGAACGUGUGUCCUCGUGGCUUGAAGCAACCCAGGCAAAAGCUCUCCGAGAGCAGAGGGGCAGUUCACACCUCAUCAGGGCGUGGAUGGGAGAAACCCAGCCCCGCCUCACGGGGACAAAGGACGCCGGCCUCGGCAGCAAGAAAAUAAUCUGUUACACUCUAGAUCAGGGGCGGGGAAACUUUUCGGCCCGAGGGCCACAUCGGGGUUCGAAACGGGUCUGGGGGGCUGGGUAGGGAAGGCUGUGCCUCCCCAAACAGCCUGGCCCCCACCCCGUAUCCGGCCCCUCCCACUUCCUGCCCCCUGACUGCCCCCCUCAAGACCCCCAACCCAUCCAACCCCCCUGCUCAUUGUCUCCUGACCGCCCACUCCAGG